AUGGACAAUCAAGCAUGCGUAACUACAGUAAUGAUACGCAUGAGCAGUAAUGAAAAUUAAUAUCCAAUGGUUAGUGUCAAGUAAUACAUCUCCGUGUUAAGUUAAACAGGAUCUAGUCUUCUUAAAAAUGAAAGUCAAAAUAUUUUGUUUAUACUUCGCAACUACCCUUACUUUGGCCAAUUCUGCGGAAGAAACGGAGGAACCCUGCCAAGAAGGAAUUGCCUAUCCCGAUCCACUAGACUGUGCCUUUUAUUUCCGAUGCAUUUCGGGUGUGCUUCGCCAUUUUCCUUGCCCACCAUCUUUCGAGUUCAGCGAGUCUUUGCAAACCUGUGCCAGCCCCAAAAUUGCCAGUUGUACUACUCUGGAACAGCUAGUGGAACAGAUAAAACAACAGGAAUCGUUGAGUCAGAACCCAGAGCUAGAGGAGUGCGAGGAAGGGGUGAGUACUCCAGCGGUAGACAGUUGUGAGCAUUUCUACACAUGCACCGGUGGAAAAUUCAUUCGUUUUUCUUGUCCUCCCAGCCUCGCAUUCGAUCUAAGGACACUGACUUGUGACCUUAAAGAAAAUGUGGAAUGUAAGGACAAUUCUAUUACUGAAAACGAAUCCAGUGAAGUGAAUGAUUCUGACCGAUGGAAUCCUGUGAGUGAAGUCCCUGAUCGAGGGUCUGAGUACAUAAAGCGGAGAAAUGUGGUCAUCAAAGUCAGCAAGGAAUCAGUAGUUAUUACCAUUACCUUGUGAUAAAUCGGAAAAAUUUAGAGGUCUAAUUCGGAAUUA